AUGAUUUGGCCGGCACGUCGAGUUCCCCAGGCGGAGGUGGUUGCCGUGGCGGCACGGGAUGGAGAGCGUGCCCGAGAUUAUGCCAAGCAGCAUGGGAUUGCUCGUUCCUACGGCUCUUACGAGGCCCUACUGGCUGACCCCGACAUCGAUGCCGUAUAUGUGGGCCUGCCCAACGGCUUGCACGGACAUUGGACUCGUGCCGCGCUCAAGGCCGGCAAACACGUCCUCUGCGAGAAGCCGUUCACCGCCAACGAGGAAGAGGCGCGGGAGGUUCAGGCGCUAGCGCGCAGCCGCGGCCUGGUGUGCCGGGAAGCUUUCCACUACCGGGAGCACCCCCUCAUGGAGCACCUGCACAGGCUUUUGGGUAGCAUGUCGUCGUUGUGCACAGAUAGCAGCCCCAAGGCAGUUGGAAAGCAGCAGCACCUGCAGCAGCAGCAGCACCAUGGCAAAUUUCAUGAGGAGGCCUCUGGGGGAGUGCUCGGCCGGCUCAAGUCGGUGGAUGUGGCUGUGCUCAUCCCGAAGUGGGUUUUCGGCGGAGCCAACAUUCGCUUCCAAGAGACUCUUGCAGGUGGCGCGGCGAUGGAUGCGGGUUGUUACUGCAUUCACGCCAUUCGAAGCCUCGUGGGCGGUCAACCUACGGUGGAGUCUGCCACCGCUGUCAUGGCGCCCAAGUCGCAGGUGGUCGACGCGGCGAUGAGUGGCACGUUGCGGUGGCGCGAGGGCAGCAAUGCUGGUCUGCACGCCUCUUUCCGGGCUUCGCUGCAACAUGAUGGGUUGUUUCCCAUCAGCACCAUUGACGUGCGCGGGGACAAGGGUCACCUGCACUGCUCGAAUUUCAUCAUGCCCGUCUUCGGCAACGUCGUACGGCUGACAACCACUUCGCCGGCCGUCGAGUCAGGUGCAGGCAGCAAUAGCAUCGGUAACGGCAGCAACAAGACCACAACCACCGUCACCCGCGUGUAUGGUAGCGGCGAGAGUACCUAUUUUUACCAGCUCUCGCGUUUCGUACGCGACGUGGGCACCGUUAAGGACGCGGCCAAGGAUGACGAUGCCGGGGCCUUGGUUGCGGCAUCCACCAUCCUGGCUGAUGACGCCGCGGACAGCAUCGCCAACAUGCACCUAUUGGAUGAGGUUUACCUGGCGGCUGGUUUAGCUCCGCGAUUGCCGUCUUCACAAUCAGCCAGGAAGCAGCAGGCGAAGCAGGCAGGAGUGCAAUAA